AUGAAAGUAAAGGAACUAAAGAUAAAAGAGCAGGUCAAACUAAUCAGCGAUGUCAGUGGUACGAUACAUUUCCCUACAACUGAUGGUGAUUGUUCGGAUGCAUACAUAGAAAUCCGUGAUGUUGGCUUGAUUUCAAAAUGUCAACAUCCAGCAUGUGCUCGAGAGAAUUCACAGCGAAAGACUUUCCGGAUCUGCGGAAAUACUCCAUUCCCACCUUAUAUAUCAAAUACGAUGGCUGUACAGAUCACUACCUCAGCGAUUAUCAGCGAUACGGAUGGAGCCCGUUUCACAAUGUCCUACCAUCUACUUGAUGGCUGCAAUCGCACAAUAAUCACGCAAGAUGUCCCGUCUGGAAGAUUCACAAGUCCAAACUUCCCGAACCCUUACGAUCACAAUUCUACAUGCACAACCAAAGUGGAAGCACCAGCCCAUAAACGAAUUUUGAUUGUGUUCCGGUAAGU